AUGGACCAAUUUGGAGUUCAACAGCGAAAGAUGAAUGAGCCAGCGGGAAUUACGCGAACACGCUCUACGGAGAUGGUGGAAGACAGCCACCCAAUUUUAGAUGAGGAUCCUCUUCUCAUCUCGCAAUCGUUGACUUAUGUCACAGAUGAUGGCAGUGUAUUGCACUCCUUUCAAUCCAUGCCCUUUUCACUUGGAUUCAAGCUACGCUUCCUUAUAUUAGAAAUAAUCUUUGUGCUUCUUGUGGUGUUUGCAGUCCCUAUCGGAGCCCAUGGAACAGUGGUAGCCGUGUCAGUGGUAAAUCUCUUGGCAGUAGCUUGGUUCUGGUACAAUUAUGUUCGCAGUGUGGAGAUUACAUCGGAAGGAAACCUUCGCUUUUGGAUUGGAAAUAUUGAAAUUGACGUUCCUUUUGACAAGAUCAUAUCACUCCGAAAAUUGCACAGCGAGGCGUCACCCUGCAGCCUCACGUCACCAGUUAUGCCGUACCGUGGAUUCUUGAGUAACCCAAAUGAUGGCGUUGCUAUCGUCACAACAGUUCCCACUACUCCAUUCUGGUUGUGGCCCAGAUCAGCUGGCAAGCCCGAACGAUCAUUCUGCUUUGGCGCCAUUAUGUGCCCCAAGCUUACCAUUGUCUUUUCGCCAUCGUGUGGAGGACAUGCUUUUAUUCAAGAUGUGGAAGCGGAAAUGCGAAACUUUACAAGCGGGGGAAAACGCAGCAAAAGUAAUAACGCCACUGGCAGCGCGGUAACCCCACAAGGAAAUCCCGACUUUUUGGAUGUAUAA